AUGGCUAAUAAUAGUGAAUACAAGUUAGAUCCCGGUCCAUUGGAAUCGAAUGUAUUAACGGGACAACUUACUCAUAGAUCACAAGAUAUAUGGGAAGGAAAUGUUAAUAUGAUUCUUAAUACGAGGAGAGAAGAUGGAAAUUUUUGGAAGCUCAUAGAGAAAUAUCCUAUUCAUCCACGAGUUCUUGAAGUAAUCAGAUUAUCUGGAUUAUAUGGUGUUUACAAAUCUAAUCGGCCUGCUAUUGACCGUAGUUUGAUCACUGCAUUAGUUGAGCAGUGGCGUCCCGAAACUCAUACUUUUCACUUUAAAACAGGCGAAGCAACAAUUACUUUGCAGGACGUAGAGGUGUUGUAUGGAUUACCUGUGAAUGGUGAUCCAGUACUUGGUAAUGAAAUGAUACGGAUCAUAGGGGAUUGGCAAAACAUUUGUCAAAGAUUAUUACGUUUUGUUCCAUCUCGUGAAGACUUCAAAACAAAUUCCAUCAAGGUCGCUGCAUUUAAUGCACACAUGUUAAGCCAACCACAGUUGCCGAACAUGGCAACACAAGAUAUGGUCAAUCAGAAGGCAAGAUAUUACAUGUUCUGGAUGAUUGCAGGUACGAUGAUGGCGGAUACAUCUGGUGGUUAUUUGAAGCUUAUGUACUUGCCUAUGCUUGAGGACAUCGAUAAAAUUGGGUCUUAUAGUUGGGGGAGUGCGACCUUGGCAUACUUAUAUCAUUUUCUUUGUAAAGCCUCACAGAGUACCCAAAAUGAGAUAGCCGGAUUUUUGCCACUACUUCAGAUUUGGGCGUGGGAGAGAGUCACUGUCCUCAGUCCUCAAAUAGUUGCCCAGAGAGAUGCGAGAACUAGUUCUCAUGUUGGUUUGCCUAAGGGUCCACAUGCUACUAGAUGGUUUGCGCAUCUUAGUUGGACGAACACUACCAAGCAUGUGUUGAAAGUUUAUAGGGAUGCACUUGACUCUAUGAUAGAAGAUCAGUUUAUUUGGGAACCGUAUUCCGAUGACUUAAUUGAGAGUCUUCCUCCCUAUUGUCACGCUGGACGAAAUAUAUGGCGAGUUAGAGUUCCAAUCUUUUGUUGGGAUGUGGUCGAGGUUCAUUUGCCUGAUCGUGUUAUGAGGCAAUUUGGACUACAACAAGCUAUACCAACUCCGUUUCCAUUUGAUUCCAACCACUUUCGUCAUGAUCGUCGGGGAAGACCAAAUGCAAAUUGGGAGUUGGAACAUGCACAGUGGUUAUCAUUUUGGAACCAACGCCUCCAAUAUAGUUGUGAUGCACCGGUUAAUAAUGAAUCACUUCGCUAUGAUGAUCCAUAUCUUAUUUGGUUCAAGCGCAUUACUCGUCUUGUUAUUGGUAAUCCUAAUUCACGUCCUCAAAAUCAACAAGGUUAUGUGCCUAAUUCGACGGCCUAUGAAACUAUGGUGCGUCAUAUUCAUUCGAUGGUUGAUGAAGCUAAAACACUUGGUGAUAAUCCAUCAUAUGAGGCCUUAUACAUGUUUAGAAAAAUGGUGCGAGAUCAAGGUUCUGAUUGUUUGAAAUAUGUUCAUGAGGCUGACAGGGUUCAUGUGUCAGCCGAUUAUAGAAGAGAUGUGGUACAAUCUGUCCAGUUACAUCCCCCUAUUCGUAGGCGAGGAAAAGGUGGUGUUGCUGGUAGAAGAGAACGUGCUGUUGAAAAAGGACAAACACAUGUUGAAAUGGAUCAGGCCACACAAAAUGCCCAAGCAGCCUCAGAAGAUGAUCAAACAACAUCCAAUUAUAAUAUUGGUUCCAUUUCAAGAGGUUACACUCAUGAAUCCACUCAUGCAUCAAAUAUGAUAUAUCAACUGUCACAAACAGAUAUCAUGCCAUACGUGACGCCACAGACUCUACAAACAUCAAGUCAUCCAAGUCUCUCAUCACUUGAGAAUGUCGUUGAUAAUUAUCAACCUCAAUAUUUUGAGAAUGUGCCAAACUUUACCUCAUCGCCUGUGCCACGGAACAUUGAGACCCCUGAUGCCACUAAUAAUUUAGAGGACUCGAAUCAUCAUGUGGACGAUAAUGAUGGAAAUGAAGGCGGUGAUGUGACUAUUGAAGAUAGUGAACCAUCAAGGAGGGAGAAGCGUAAAAUUAAACUUAAACCUUGUGGGACUGCCAGUACUGCUGAAAAUUUUUGA